AAUAAAUGAGUGUGUAUAUCUAGGAAGGCCGGCAUGGUAUUAUUAAACUAAAAACGGAUCAGAGUUUAGAAUAAAGCCUGCAGAAAUUGCUGGUACUGUCAAACCCAUCUUUCUCUCUUCCCUCACAAAUCUAUAAUCAGAUUGGUUAAAGGUUUUAAUCUGGGAUUUGUUUGGCAUGCCCAAAAGUUGGAACACCAAACUCUUAACCAACAAUAAUUCUCAUUGAUUUCUGUGCUAAUUAUACUCCUAUUUAUAUCCCUUCCUUUUUUUCCCUUGGCCCCUCUCUUUUUUCAUUAACUUCUAUUAUUUCCUCUUCUGCUAUAUAUAUAUACUUGAAGAUUUGGUUCAAGAUCAGGUGAUCUAAUCCUUUCACUCUCAAAAAUAUCAUCAUCGUUGUCGUCGUCAUCAUCAUCUGCAUAUCCUUAUUUUUAGAGGAAACAGUUUGUUAUAAACGCAUUAAUUAAGAGACAAAGUGUUCAUUAAUAGAUACGGAGAUUAAAUAUCGUCGCCGAUCUUCCUAUCUUGCUAGAUCAAGUAUAUAUCCAAGACAUUUUUCACAGGAACAAGAUCGAAGAAGCUUCUGAUCAUUGAAGAGUGUAAACUUUUUUUUUUUAGUUAAAUAUUGGUUUGCAUUUCUUAUUUCAACAAAUGGAGAAGACCCUAAAGUCCAAUCAUGAUGAGAGGGAGUUCAUGCGAAUAGCAAUGCUAAAGCAUGAAGAAACAUUUAGAGAACAGGUUAGUGAACUUCAUCGUGUUUACCGAAUUCAGAAGAUGCUAAUGGAUAGUGUUGGAAUCAGACAACAACAACAACAACAACUGCAACAACAGCAACAGCAACAACAGAAGGAAAAACUGGAGCGAUAUAAUUUGAUUGAGAGCAGCAAAAAUGGGUUUACAAUCGAUCAUUAUCAACAACAAUUAAUACUACAACAAGCACAAGCACAAAGGGAAAUUAGUAGUACUAAUAAUAUUAUCAACGCUAAUACAAAAAUCAGCAGCAAUAUUAUGAUGGGAUUAAGUGUAACAACAGGCGGCGGCGGCGGCGGUAGCGGUGGUGGUGGUGGUGGUCCAAGACCAUUAUCCGACGCACAUGAACACAUUGCAGAAUCCAACGGUAAAUUAGUGAUGUUAGAAGCAGAGACUGAUGAGAUUGAGUUAGCUCUAAGUUUAGGCCCAUCAACUUACAACCCGAGACGACGACGGAAAAAUGGUAACAAGUCGGAUUCGGGUCAAAGCCUAUCAUCAUCUACUUCAACCGGGUCAAGCCAAACCCGAAAAACAAGCCCAAAGAAUAAUAAUGCUACUACUACUAAUAAUCAUAGAAGCUCAACGACGACGACGACAACAUGGGGUGGUUUUCCGCAGGGAUCCGGGAUCGAACCCGGAUUCUCAAAUGGGCAACAAAAUAGUAAUCCUCCAUGGUUGUACCAAGCUUUGAGCUUGAAGCUGACAUGACUUAAUUAACUGAAAUUGAUUACUAGGUUCAUCUUUAAUCAGUUUGUGUGGAGUUGUUUUUUUUUUUUUUUUUUUUUUUUUGCUUUUCUUUUUUAUGUUAAUUUUUUUUAAUGGUGGUAGUUUACUAGCUUGGAGAAUGAUGGAGAAAGUAUUUGACAUUCAGGCAUUCGAAGAUCAGGCCUUUUUGUAAAAAGUUUAAUUAAAAAUUAAAUUGUUUAUCUAAUGCAACCUUGAAAUCUUGAAUUAGGCAUGCA